AUGGAGACCGCGGGUACUACGCGGGAGCAAGUGCGCAAGCGCGCCCUGGGACGCCGGCCUCUGCUCAGCGCAGCUGCCUGGACCCAGACUCUUCAGCACACGUGGGAAUCGAGCUGCCAGGUGUCCACGACCAUGGCGGUGAACCUUUUGGAGGACUGGUGCCGGGGGAUGGAAGUGGACAUCCACAGGUGCCUGUUGGUCACAGGCAUCCCGGAGGACUGUGGCCAAGUGGAAAUUGAGGAGACCUUGAAUGGGGUCCUCUCCCCGCUGGGCCCAUACUUUGUGCUCAACAAGAUUUUUUUGAGGGAAGAGAAUGCCAAAGCUGCCCUCGUUGAGGUAGGCGAGGGUGUGAAUCUGAGGGCCGUACCCCGGGAAUUCCCAGGAAGGGGGGGCAUCUGGAGAGUGGUCAGUAGGGACCCCACCCAGGAUGCUGAGUUUUUAAAAAACCUGAGUGAAUUCCUGGCUGCAGAGGGGCGCACCCGGGAGGAUGUGGUCCGCCUGCUGCAGCUCAGCCAGUCCCCACCACCCCAGAACCGGAAUCAGCCCCCAGACAACUGGGCAGAAGCUUUGGGGGUGCUUCUGGGGGCGGUGGUGCAAAUCAUCUUCUGCAUGGAUGGCGAGAUCCGCAGCCGGGAGGAAGCUAGGGCUCAAGAGGUUGCUGAAGACCAAGCAGUGGCAUCCUUGACUUUGGCAACAGCGAGGAAGGUCAAGAAGGAGCCAGGGUGGGCUGCAGAGGUGGGCUCUGCCUUGAAGGUGGAGAACCUGGACGGCUGGAAUGACGUGGAAGAUGAGGGUGACCCUCUUGAACCUCUGGUUCAAAAGGCUGGAGCUAAGACUUUCCCCAGGAGAAAGAAGCAGAAAAAAACUCCCAAGCAGGAACCAGUGCCCUGGAAGAAAUCCAGAGGCAGCCAUUCCCACAGCUCGGCCUUGUUGGAGGAUCCGGAAGCUGAUGACGCUGAAAAUAUGGAGAUGUCAGAAUACAUCAGGAGCAGCAGAAAGCCCUGUGUGAAGCGGGAGGGGUCAGCUUUGAAGAAGGCCCUAGCGAAAUGUGCCUGGAAGUCUCCCAGCAACCCGCCCCACGAUGCCCAGGCAGAAGCUGCGAGCCCUCGAGUUGCCUCUGAGUCAGACCAAGACGGCGGUCCAGAGGGUCCACAAAAGAAGAAUACCAUGGUCUGGGCCGCGGCAAAGAGCCCUGCUCCCACGAGGAAGAAGAAGAAGGUGAGCUUGGGCCCCGUCUCUUAUGUCCUUGUCGAUUCGGAAAACACCAGGAAGAAGCCAGAGAUUCCAAAGAAAGGGCAAGGCUCGAGAAGGGAUGCGUUGGAUCAGAAGGCCCUUCAGAGCCCACAGCCCGCUGAGCCACCAGCCUCAACCCCCCAGGGUCCAAAGGCCAAGCCACAAGGCUCUCCUCAUGCCUCCAGUGGUGAGAAUGACAGCAGAAGUCAUUUGGGUUGUGUCAACAAGCGGCUGAAGGGGGAGGAACAGCACGGGCAGGUGGGGACGGAGGAACCCAAGGGGACAGAGGGUCCAAUGGUCGUUGAGGAGGACCCCAGUGCAGUGGAGGGAGUGGGUAACACACCAGUUGAGGUUUUAGAGGCUGGGAGCCCUGACCCCCCUCCUAGGAGCCCCUGA